GGGUUAGGUGUAGGAGGUCUGAGUUCUGGUUUGUUUUUUUUUUUGGUUGCAUUGGGUCUUCAUUGCUGCACGUGGGCUUUCUCUAGUUGCGGCGAGCGGGGCCUUCUCUUGUUGCGGAGCACAGGCUCUAGGCACUCGGGCUUCAGUAGUUGCAUGUGGGCUCAGUAGUUAUGGCUCACGAGCUCUAGAGCGCAGUCUCAGUAGCUGUGGCGCAUGGGCUUAGUUGCUCUGCGGCAUGUGAGAUCUUUCUGGACCAGGGCUCAAACCCGUGUCCCCUGAAAUGGCAGGUGGAUUCUUAACCACUGUGCCACCAGGGAAGUCCUGAGUUCUAGUUCUUGCUGCCCAGCUCCAGACUUUGGUUUCCCCAUUUUUAAAUGAGAAGCUUGGACUGGGCCACCUCUAAGGACCCUUAGUGUGACUGGAUUGAAGAGGUGGGUAGGGCUCCCCACCUGGCAUGAGGGCAGCCCUGGCCCUGGCUGCAGCCCAACCUCAGCCUUCCAGACUGUGAGAGGAUGGGGCAGGGGGUUGGACUUCCCUGGUGGUCCAGUGGUUAGGACUCCACGCCUCCACUGCAGGGGGCACAGGUUUGAUCACUGGUUUGGGAACUAAGAUUCCCACAUCCUGUGCCGCACAGCCAAAAAAAAAAAAAAAAAGACUCUGAGAGAAUGGGGACUUGUCCUUGGAGGAGGUGUCCUGGUUGGUCUUGAUAAAGAAUGCCCUGGGGAAGGGGGCAUCAGAAGCCAUUUGCAUCAGCCCUGGGACCUUGAUCCCAUCAGUGUUGCUAGCGGGGAGCAGCUCCCUGUUCCGAGGGUAUGAGGAGGUAUCAGCAGGAAGGGUCCCCGCGGUACAAUGCCCAGCAUACACCCUGCACUGGGGUCCACAAGAGUGCUCCGUUUUGAAGUGAUCACUCCAGCCUCAGAAUUGGUAACAGGUGAUGGGCAGAGGGGAUGGCCAGGGCUGGGAUUUCAGACGCUCAAGUUGGGAAUCUCAGGGCUAUUUUCCAGCGCUCAGAUUCUGUGAUACACCAUGGGUGAGCUCCUGGGAUGAAGAAUCCAUGUAAUUUAGUGAAUGCAACUUAGUCUUUCUGGUGUCCAGCUGGGAGCCCAGCACAGAACAUGUACAAGUGCUUAUUGACUGAGUAAAUGAAUGAAUGAGUGGCUCUAUCUCGUCCCUCAGUCUGGCUCCUCCGUUCUCUUCCCCUGUAGUUGGUACAAAUGGCAUUGUCCCAGGCCACUCCCUUCUCAGCCACAGAGCUUCUCCUGGCCUCUGCCACCUUCUGCCUGGUAUUCUGGGUGGUCAGGGCCUGGCAGCCUCGGGUCCCUAAAGGCCUGAAGAGUCCACCAGGGCCCUGGAGCUGGCCCCUGAUCGGGCAUGUGCUGACCUUGGGGAAGAGCCCACACUUGGCCCUGUCGCGGCUGAGCCAGCGCUAUGGAGACGUGCUACAGAUCCGCAUUGGCUGCACACCCGUGCUGGUGCUCAGCGGCCUGGACACCAUCCGGCAGGCCCUGGUGCGGCAGGGUGAUGAUUUCAAGGGCCGGCCUGACCUCUACAGCUUCACCUUAGUCGCUGAUGGCCAGAGUAUGACCUUCAACCCAGACUCUGGACCAGUGUGGGCUGCCCGGCGACGCCUGGCCCAGAAUGCUCUCAACUCCUUCUCCGUUGCCUCAGACCCGGCUUCCUCAUCCUCCUGCUACCUGGAGAUGCAUGUGCACAAGGAGGCUGAGGCCCUCAUCAGCAAGUUCCAGGAGCUGAUGGCAGGACCUGGGCGCUUUGACCCCUAUGACCACGUGGUGGUGUCCGUGGCCAAGGUCAUUGGUGCCAUGUGCUUCGGGCAGCACUUCCCCCAGAGCAGUGAGGAGAUGGUCAGCCUUGUGACGAACACCCAUGAUUUCGUGGAGACUGCCUCCUCCGGGAGCCCCGUGGACUUCUUCCCCAUCCUUAAAUACCUGCCCAACCCUGCUCUGCAAAAGUACAAGAGCUUCAACCAGAGGUUCCUGCAGUUCCUGCGGAAAAUGGUCCAGGAGUGCUAUCAGGACUUUGACAAGAACAGCGUCCAGGAUAUCGUAGGUGCCCUGCUCAAGCACUACGAGGAUAACUCCAGAGCUAGUGGGGGCCUCAUGCUCCAGAAGAAGACUGUCAACCUUGUCAACGACAUCUUUGGAGCCGGGCUUGAUCCGAUCACAACAGCCAUCUCCUGGAGCCUUCUGUACCUUGUGACAAAUCCUGAGAUACAGAGGAAGAUCCAGGAGGAGCUGGACACAGUGAUUGGCAGGGAGCGGCGGCCCCGGCUCUCUGACAGAUCCCAGCUGCCUUAUUUGGAGGCCUUCAUCCUGGAGACCUUCCGACACUCCUCCUUCGUCCCCUUCACCAUCCCCCACAGGAAGCUGUGGGGGGACCCAUCUGAGUUCCGGCCGGAGAGAUUCCUCACUGCCCAUGACACCACCAUCAGCAAGACCUUGAGUGAGAAAAUAAUGCUCUUCGGCAUGGGCAAGCGCCGGUGCAUAGGGGAGGUCCUGGCCAAGUGGGAGAUCUUCCUCUUCCUGGCCAUCUUGCUUCAGCAGCUGGAGUUCAGUGUGCCACCAGGUGUGAAAGUGGACCUAACCCCUACCUACGGGCUGACCAUGAAGCCUGCCCCCUGCGAGCAUAUCCAGGCACGGCUGCGCUUCCCCAUCAAGUGAAGAAGUUACCAGCAUUCUGAGGCAGAGGGAAGGGUGGAGGUCACUGAGGAAACUUUGUUUCUUUUCUUUUCUUUUUUUUUUAACUAACAGCUUUAUAGAGAUAUAAUUCAUAGACCAUAUAAUUCACCUCCUUAAAGUAUACGAUCCAAUGGCUUUUAGUAUAUCACAGAGUUGUGCUAUCACACCACAAUCAAUCUUAGAACCUUCUCAUCACCCAGUAAAGAAACCCAUACCCCUCAGCAGUCACUCCCCAUCUCCCCUAACCCACCUUCCCUACCCCGCUAGCACUAGAAAACUACUAAUCUACUUUCUGUGUGUACAGAUUUGCCUACUCUGGGCAUUUCAUAUAAAUGCAAUUAUACA